UUAAUAACCCAAAUAUUAAGAUAAUAAUGGAGCUACCGAAAGUUAAGUUCUUCAAAAGAUUCCUUUUAAAUUAUAAUCAAUCAGCCAAGAUUUUGCUCCCAAAACAAGAACUGAAUCUGCAGCAUCUGAUCACUAAGAUUUCAUUUCUAUACGCUACUUGUUCGUCUACAAAUUUGUUUGUCACUGGAAAAAGAUAGUUUGACCAUUAUGCAGGGUCUUUAUUUGUCAAAAUCUGGAUGAUCAAUACACCCACCUAACAAAACAACUAAAUCGCUCCAAGAUUCAUCAAAGGUCUAACAAUUUUUGGGUGAACAAGCAAACAUGAUCGAAGGAGAAGAUAAUUAUGAAGAGGAGGAAGAAACUCCCAUGUUGGGGUUAUCUUCUUUAAAGCUCACUGUUGAACAAGAGCUCAUCAAUGGAGUUUCUGCCACCAAUGAUCACAACAACACAAUAAGAACAGGAACACUAUGGAGUACAGUUGCUCACAUCAUCACUGCAGUGAUCGGAUCCGGUGUACUUUCUCUUGCAUGGAGCAUGUCACAACUAGGUUGGAUAGCUGGGCCUAUCGCAUUGUUGUUCUUUGCAUUGGUCACGUAUGUGUCUGCAUCUCUUUUAUCAGAUUGCUACAGAUCACCCGACCCCAUUAAUGGAACUAGAAACCAAACUUAUACAGAAGCAGUUAGAGUCAUCUUGGGUGAAAAACAGGCGUUGCUAUGUGGUUGGCUUCAGUUUCUUAACUUCUUCGGGACUGGUGUUGCUUAUGUGGUUACAACCUCAACUUGUAUGAUAGCAAUUCAGAAAUCAAAUUGUUACCAUAAAGAAGGGCAGGAGGCUACAUGCGAAUAUUCGGGCAAUCUUUAUAUGUUUUUGUUUGGAGUUAUACAGAUUGUGAUGUCACAAAUACCUGAUUUUCAUAGCAUGGUGUGGGUGUCCAUUGUUGCUGCUAUCAUGUCGUUUUGUUACUCAUCCAUCGGUUUAGGACUUGGUGUCGCUAAAGUAAUUGAAAAUGGUAGAAUAGAUGGAAGCAUCAAUGGUGUCCCAGCUGGCAAUGUACCUCUAAAGCUAUUGUUAGCUUUUCAAGCGCUUGGCGAUAUUGCGUUUGCUUAUCCGUAUUCCAUAAUUUUUCUUGAAAUACAGGAUACCAUUAAGUCGCCACCACAGGAGAAUAAGACUAUGAAAAAGGCAUCGGUUAUUGCGAUUAUAGUGACUACAUUCUUUUACUUUGGAUGUGGAUGCUUUGGAUAUGCAGCAUUUGGAAACAGUACACCAGGAAACCUGUUAACUGGAUUCGGGUUUUACGAGCCUUACUGGCUUAUUGACUUUGCUAAUGCUUGCAUCAUUCUACAUCUAAUCGGAGGUUACCAACUAUACAGUCAGCCGGUGUUUGCAUACGUAGAAAGAUGGAUAACUGAGAAGUUUCCAGAAUCUGUAUUUCUAACGAAAAUCCACCACUUGAAGCUUCCAUUUUUGCCAGAUUUACAACUGAAUCUAUUCAGACUAUCAUUCAGAACAGCAUACGUUGUGUCAACAACUGGAAUCUCAAUGGUGUUCCCAUACUUCAAUGAAAUACUGGGUCUCUUAGGGGCUUUGAAUCUAUGGCCAUUAGCAAUAUAUUUUCCAGUGGAAAUGUACAAAAAGCAAAGAAAGGUGGAAGCUUGGAGCACAAAAUGGAUUGUUCUACAAAUUUUUAGCAUUGUUUUAAUGGUGGUGUCAGCAGUAGCUUUAAUUGGAUCAAUUGGAGGAGUCAUAGAAGCAAAAACUAGCUAACAUGUAUCCAAAAUGUAAUCAAACACUGCUUAUUUUAUAUCACAAUAUCACAUAUAACCAUAAAUACAGUUCCUAUCA